GCGCGUGCCAGGCCGUGUCCGUGCCGCGGUCCCUGGAGCCGGGGCCGCCGCCCCUGGUGGGGACGUGGUGCAGCGCCGAGGGGCGCUUUUUCAGCAUCGCGCCGCGGGGGGGGGGCCGCCGGACACGGAGCCCUGCGAGAGCGGGCCCAUCCAGGGGAUCCUGGAGCCCGAGCGCGCCAGCCGCGCCUGGGUUGCGGAGGUCUGGCACCUGGGAAUGGGCUGCCAUGUGGGCUGCGUGCGCAUCCGGCUGGAGUGCAGCAAGGCUCCCCAGGCCGUGGCCAGCUGGUUCGUGGUCUCGCAGGUGUCCGUCAACGGAGUGGGCCGCCUGCGCGGAGUCGGCACGGUGGCGGAUCUGUCCAGGGAUGGCUGUGGACCGAGCCCGCCGUGGUCGCCCGAGCGAGAGGCGCCGGCCCCGUCGGCGGCCGCCGGCACGCAGCCCUCCGUGGCCGCGGGCGAGGCCUGGCAGCCGCGAGGCACCCUGGGGCGGCAGGGGCCCCUGGUGCCUUCGAGGAAUACGGGCCGCCGCCGUCCUCGUGCCAAGCGACGGCAACGCCGCCGAGCGCCCCCGAGGACAGGGGGAGGGGGGCGUGGUGCUGUCGGCCUCGGUGGACGCCCUCUCCCACUGGCUGCAGCAGAGCGAGGGCCCGGACCGGGAGGAGAGAAGAGGCGCCUGCUCUUCAAGUGCGCGGGCGUGCGCGACCUCCUCUUCGCGGGCGGCCCCGGCGCCGCGGGCGCGGGCCCGCGGCUGGACGGCUGCAGGGUGGAGAUCGCGAGGGGCGCGGUGGAGGCGGCCGUGCGGGCGCUGGAGCCCCUGCAGCCCGAGCGGCGCGAGCACCCGGGCGCCGGGGAGGCGGCGGCGCUGCCCGCCGAGGCAGACCUCGUGGAGGAGGUGGUCGCUCUCUUACAGGCGGCGACGGCGAAGAAGGAACGGAACUGGCUACGCACAGCGGGGGCGAGUGGCGCGACACGGAUUGGUACGGCUCCAACUGGAAGCGCGGCUCCAACGAGACCAGCUCUGGCGGGCGCGAGUGGAGCCGGAGCGAGUGGCCGGCCUGGCGCGAGGGGUGGCGGGAGGAGCGCUGGGACGGCGGCCAGGAGGCCCGGAACGGCUGGCGCGAGAAGGGCGCCUGGGGCGCGGGCGAGGAGGCCCCGGGCGAGCCAGAGGGCUGGAGAGCGGCGCGGCCCAGGGCGGGUGGAGCGAGAAGCCCGCGCCCCAGGACGGAUGGCUGGUGGCGGCGUUACUAGACGAGGCCGUCUUACGGCAUAUACAUUUACGUUGGGACCUCGAGUCGGUGAAGAGAGCACCUCGAGACGCUUGGCAACAUAUUUCAGACCAGCGCGCUGGUUGA